GUUUUCGCCCUCACCCAACCCUUCCCUUCUCGAAGCUUCUCCCUCUCUCCGAUUGAAAAUGGAACCCUAACCCUAACCCUAAAUCCCAAUUUCAAUCCCAAUCCCGAUCCCAAUCCCAAUUCGUGGAUCGAUCUCCCCACCCCCCCAAAAGUGGCUGUUUUUUGAGGUACUAGUCGACGCAGAUCCGCGCGGCCGAGAAACCCUCUCCGCGGGGGAAGUGAACGGGGUGGGGCGAUGGAGCGGGAUCGGAGGGUGAACCCCGAGUGCCCCAACGCCUCCAAUCCCUUCCACCGCUGCGCCGAGUACUGCGCCCCGAGAUCUCCUGCCGCCGCCGCCGCCGCAGCAGCAGCAGCAGCAGCGAAGCCCCGGAUCGAAUCGCCCAAAUCAGAUCCAAAUGGUGAUAGAACUCGAACGCGCGAUGAGAAGCGACGAGGUAGGCGAGGAGGCUCCGGGGGUUUGCCUUUAUAUGUUUUCCUACAAAAUGGAGCAGCGGGGGAGAGUAGGAUGGUCGAUUCGAGGUGUCCGAAUGCGUCUAACCCGUUCCACGUAUGCGCCGAGUACUGCUUUACUAAGUUAAAUGAGAUUAAUAGGAGAGAGGGAAGCAAGUCGCCGUCCUUCUUGUCGCGGCACUCUUCAUCGUCAAGUGCGGAAGAUGAUGUGAACUUGGGAGGGAACAGGAGGGUUGAUCCCAGAUGUGCAAAUGCAUCUAACCCAUUUCAUGUUUGUGCCGACUACUGUUUUAAUAAGUCGCAUGAGAAUAACUCGCAUGAGAUCAGUCGGGCAGAACCGGGCACUCCAGUGGCAAAUGGUGUGAAGAUGGGAAAGACUAGGUCAAAUGAGAAGGAUCGGGCAGAGGGAGGGGAAAAUGGUGUACAGAUUGGAGAGAACAGGAGGGUGGACCCCAGAUGCGCAAAUGCAUCCAACCCGUACCAUGUAUGUGCCGAUUACUGCUUUAAUAGAUCAAGUGAGAUGAAUCAUAAAGAGGGUGAGAAAUCAGUUGCAAGGGAAGCACAAGGGGUUCUUACUAUGGUCGAAAGAAGAGAUGUGCACCCCAAUUGUGUGAAUGCAUCUAAUCCCUUCCACAAGUGUGCUGAUUACUGCUUUAAGAAGUUGAAUGAGGCAACUUACUCUCUCUCUCUCGACUCCCAAAACCAAUCGACUCCGAGGAGAGGGGGUGGCAAAGGAGGAUCGGCGAUGGAGGGGAAGGUCCACCCCGAUUGCAUCAACGCCUCCAAUCCCUACCACGAGUGCGUCGACUACUGCUUCCGCAAGAUCGCCGAAGCAAAAGCUCGAUCAGAGGAGAGUGAGAAAUUGAAGAAUCAGGAGGAGCCAGGGGAGAGGACCGUGCAUCCGGAUUGCAUCAAUGCAUCGAAUCCAUAUCACGAGUGUAGUGAGUUCUGCUUCAAACGGAUUGCAGAUGCGAAGGAUCAGAUGCGAAAGGAGGAACCAGGAAUGGGAGAGGCGGAUGGUGAUCCUUCUUCCCUAAAUGUCUCCAAUGACACUAAGGACCAUCCCAAACAACAAGAGGAUCAAGGAGAAGAAAGGGGUGGCGCCGAUGACUAUCCACAUAUGAACGAAAAGCAGAAGAAGUUGUUCGAGCUGAGGCUUAAAAUGAAUGAAGCAAGAAAAGCCAAUCAAAUGGCUAUAGUAGCAGAAAAGAAGAAGAUGGAAGCUCCCACUGAACCAAGGGGCAUCUCUAAACAGAAAUGGCUAGAAGAAAGGAAAAAGAAAAUCGGGAAGCUUCUUGAUUCGAAUGGGUUGGAUAUGUCAAAGGCUUACAUGCUUGAUACAGAAGAGACGGCUGAAGUAAAGUACAAAAAGUGGGAGAAAGAUCCCGCUCCAUAUGGCUGGGACGUUUUCAAUCAGAAAACACUUUACAAUGCCCACAAGAAGCGGACCAAGAACAUACAGGUCGACAUGGAGGCAUACAAUAAAGCAAAGGAAGCUGAUCCCGAGUUCUAUCGUGAUGCUUCCAGUCUUCAAUAUGGGAAGGUUUCGAAAGUUUCCGAGGAAAACAUCGAUCUAAUGGUGAAGGAGCUUCAGGAGAAGGAGGCGAAGCGCAAGUCCUUCAGCAGGAGGCGCAGGUUCCAUGAAGAGAAGGACAUCGAUUCCAUCAACGACCGCAACGAGCACUUCAACAAGAAGAUCGAGAGGGCCUUCGGGAAGUACACCCUCGAGAUCAAGAACAAUUUGGAAAGGGGAACCGCCCUACCCGACUAAGUACUUCUUCGAUGAAUUGUGUAAUAUUAGUGGCUCGCUCUGUACACCCCUUGAUUUUGCAUUCUCUGUUCAUGUAUUUUAUAGCUUUAAUGAGGGAACAAUGCAUGAAAGGGGUACUUCUAAACUAAAUUUUCUACUCAUUUCUAGUUUCUGCAUUUGCUUCACUUCAGAAUUUAACCGUCCAUUAUAUCUAAAGAAAAUUAUGUAAAGCACACAGUUUGUAGAUUUAGGGGGGAUAUUUUUUA